CGUGACGUCACUCUGUCUUUUUCGGUGUUAUUGAAGGAGGAAGAGUCGCAUUCACGGAAGUCAACCAACUCGACAAGUUGCUGUUAACCUAGCUAACGUCCCUAACAGCUGGCCAUCAUGCUUGGGGGAGGAUUCAAAGCAGAAAGACUCCGGGUCAACCUCAGACUGGUUAUCAAUCGCCUGAAGCUCUUGGAGAAAAAGAAAACUGAGCUAGCUCAGAAAGCACGGAAGGAGAUUGCAGACUACCUGUCAACAGGAAAGGAUGAGCGAGCACGGAUCCGUGUGGAACACAUCAUCAGAGAGGACUACUUGGUAGAGGCCAUGGAGAUCCUAGAACUGUACUGUGACCUGCUGCUGGCUCGCUUUGGCCUCAUCCAGUCCAUGAAGGAGCUCGACCCUGGUCUGCAGGAAGCUGUGUCCACUCUCAUCUGGGCAGCCCCACGUCUGCAGUCUGAGGUCAACGAGCUCAAAAUUGUGUCUGAUCAGCUGUGUGCCAAAUACAGCAAGGAGUAUGGCAAGCUCUGUAGGACAAACCAAAUCGGGACAGUCAAUGAUAGGCUCAUGCACAAACUGAGUGUAGAGGCUCCUCCUAAGAUCCUGGUGGAGCGCUACCUCAUUGAGAUUGCCAAGAAUUACAACGUGCCCUACGAGUCAGACGCCAUGGUCAGACCGGAGGUGUGUAAAGGCGAAGAGGCUGACCUCAUAGACGUGGACUCUGACUUCAAGAAGCCAGGUGGUGGUGGCGGCGGCUUCACCGCUGGAGCCAUGCCUAUGCCCAUGGGCCCCCCAUCAGCGUUCAGCUACCCAACACCCAAAGGAUCAAUGCCCGGCCUCAUAGGGUUCAACGGCCCCUCUGUUGGCACAUAUGAUGCCUUUAACAACUUCCAGCCUCCAAUGAGAGGAGGGCACCCCCCUGAGCUGCCCAGCUGCCCCCCUACCUACGAGUCUAUUGAUGAGCUGUCUAUUAAACCUUCUGAUCGAUCCCAGGUGUCUGGCCCCGGGCCUUCAUCCCAGAUCUACGAUAACAACGCCCUCCCUGAGCUGCCCUCAGUUCCCGACACGCUUCCCACUUCCUCCUUUGGAGUUGGACGAAACACUGCGAGCUCUGAUGACAUCGACUUUGAUGACCUGUCACGGCGCUUUGAGGAUCUGAAGAAGAAGACUUAAUCCUCCAGUAUCCCAUCAUGCUGUGUUGUCAGUCACCGCAGUUACAGGAUCAGGAAAUGUUUAAAUAUUUGGAUUGGCACCCUUUGCAGUGAAACUCUCCUCACUGUGUGGUUUUACUGAUGUGAACAUGGACUGUACCUCAUUCAAACACAUGUGUCUGUCUGGCACACUGAAGGUGAAGGCCCUUUAGAGGGCUAUUUGACAGUACAUUUUGCAGUACACUUUAUUAUCGACUACGUCCAAUCAACUGAACCAUAUAGGUGUCAUCUUUAUAUGAGCACUUUGGAUGUUACUGAUAGUAACUAGUAUUCUAUGUAACCUCUCAAUCUUUCUUGUUGUUAUGGUUGUCACCUAUCCCCUUGACUCACAGUAUGAGACAAUAUUUGGUUUAUAAUCAAAUAGUCUUAACUGAUAGUGUCUCUCGUCCAGAGACUGGAUUGAGUAAUCCAGAAUGUCAAUAGUAUGUCGUUGGUGGGUUUCAUGAAACUGUUUUUUUACCUUUCACUGAAUCGCCUACUAGAAAAACCUGUAUUCUGGCACACCCAUUAUGUCGAAAUAUUCAGGCCUAGGACAUUUUCAAGACCGGGUGCUAUGGCCUAUUUCGGGUUUUACCCUCAUUACUCUCUGGCUCCGGACCUUUGGUGACAUCUGAAACCGGUUCUUAGACAUAUGUUACCUUAUAUGGGGUGAAGGGAUUUAAUUAGACUUGAUUGAUAAAGUGGGGUAUUGAGAUAUGAAAUACACAAUGCUAUUUACAGGAAUGAUUGUUUUAAUUGUACAGCACCCAUAUGUUGGUAGGAGGUUGAAGGCAAGAGUUGGAAAAUAUUUUUAUUUUGUACAUUUGUUCUAAUAAAAUCCACUUGAUGUUUUAAA